AUAACUCACACAAAAAGUGUAUCUGACAGAGUGAUAUACGUAUGCCUGAAGAUCAACAGCAGAUACACCGUAAAAGUGAUUCAGGCCUACGCACCCACAUCCACCCAUGAUGACGAAGAAGUAGAACAAUUUUAUGAAGAUGUAGCGAAAGCCAUGGAUGAAAACCCUUCACACUACCAGUAUUUAGUUGGUGAUUUCAAUGCGAAGCUAGGAAAACGAGAAGAAGAUUCCGAAGUUUCUAUUGGCAAUUUCAGCUACGACCGAAGAAACGAACGAGGAGAAACUUUACUCAAUUUCCUACAGCAACACAAUUUAUUCGCAAUGAUUUCAUUUUUUGCAGGAAAACCUCAACGCAAAUGGACUUGGGCAAGUCCCGAUGGUGUAACGAAAAAUGAGAUUGACUACAUCAUAACGAACUGCAAGUCAACCGUUAAGAACGUUACGGUCCUAAACCGCUUUACGACUGGUAGUGACCAUAGAAUGGUGCGUGCAAAAGUCAUGCUGAACACUCGCUUUCAAAGAGCAAAGAUGAUAAAGAAAAAGGAAGGGAUUGAUGCACAAAGACUUUACACACAAAAUGAAGAAUUUGCAGCAAAAAUGACUGCUGAGUUAGACGAUGUAAACAACCAAUACGAAACAUUGGACGAAUUGAACAGCAAAAUAGUAGAAACGAUAAUGGGUUUCAUGGAAUCAAAAUGCAAAUCCGUCCAAAUGAAAGAGUCGAAACUCAGUAGAGAAACUCUUGAUCUGAUCGCAUGCCGAGUACAGUUGAUAAAAGACGGAAAAAGAGAUUCAAUAGAAUACCAGGACUUGACAAAAAUUAUCAACAAAGCGGUGAAAUCAGAUCUAAGAAAAUAUAAUGUCCAACUGGCUCAAAACACAAUUGAAGCUAAUUGCAACAUGAAGGUCCUACGGUCAAAAAUGACGAACGCAAAGAAAGAAAUCUUCAAAUUACGAGACAAAACAGGAACAAUUCAAACGGAUCGAAAUGCGAUAUUAAAUAUCGCAAAGGAAUUUUACGAAGAUUUAUUCUCAUCAGUUCGACCAGAUCCGACGAAUACCAACGAAGAUAGACCAAUAAUAAGAAAUGUAGGAUCGGAAGAUAUGCCUGACAUAACUAUUGAUGAAGUACAUGCUGCAGUAGCCGAAAUGAAGAACAAAAAGUCUCCCGGUGAAGAUGGUGUUCCAGUGGAAGCCAUUAAACUAGGUGGCGACUCAUUAUUGGGUCUAUACUAG